AUGGCAAACCUUAAGUAUACUGCAGAAGUCGCAGACCUAUUAAAAUUUGACAAGGAGCAUUUAUGGCAUCCCUAUACUUCGAUGUGCAAUCCGCUACCUGUAUACCCGGUGGCUUCAGCAAAUGGAUGUGUCAUUACGCUUGAUACGGACUCUGAAGAAAAGUAUGACCUUAUAGAGGCUAUGUCUUCCUGGUGGUGUAUGAUUCAUGGAUACAAUAAUGAAGAGCUGAAUGCAGCCAUUAUAGAUCAGACCCUAAAGAUGUCCCAUGUCAUGUUCGGGGGAUUGACCCAUAAACCGGCUAUUUGCUUGGGACAAAAUAUUCUUCGUAUUCUUGAUCAACCUCAGCUUCAGAAAGUUUUUUUUGCAGAUAGUGGAUCGGUUGCUGUUGAAGUGGCUAUGAAGAUGGCUCUUCAGUAUGAGUUUACCGUUUCUAAUGGCAGUUCUCGUAAGAAUAAAUUUAUCACGAUAAAAAAUGGGUACCAUGGAGAUACUUUUGGUGCCAUGAGCGUUUGUGAUCCUGUCAAUUCGAUGCAUACACUUUAUAAGGGCUAUUUGGCGGAAAAUAUUUUCGUAAAUGCACCAACUAUGCUGACAACCCUUCCAACUUCACGUAUCUGCUUAAUGCACCCAGAGGUUUUUUCUGAAGCGACAAAAUGGCACCAAGAGGAUUUUGAGGAGUUUUUAAAAACAGUUGAGGAAAAACAUGAUCAAUUGUGUGCUGUGAUUUUGGAGCCAUUGUUGCAAGGUGCCGGUGGAAUGCGGUUUUAUCAUCCUCAGUUUCUUAUCGAAGUGAGAAAAGUCUGCAAUUUUUAUAAAAUUCCUUUGAUCAUGGACGAGAUUGCCACAGGCUUUGGUCGUACAGGCGCAAUGUUUGCUUUCAAGCACUGCGGUAACUAUCAGAAUCUUCUACAAAUACCUCCAAAAGAGCAAGUGGACGUUUUUCCUGAUAUUCUGUGUUUAGGUAAAGCUUUGACGGGAGGAUACAUGACUCUGAGCGCUGUAGUAACAACUCUUGAGAUUUGCAAUGGUAUAUCUUCUCCAAAAAGCGCCACUCGAGGCUCGUUCAUGCACGGACCAACUUUUAUGGGAAACCCCUUAGCGUGCAGCGUAGCGAAUAAAUCGUUGGAAAUCUUACUGAGAGGACAGUGGAAAGAUCAAGUAGAGAGAAUAGAGGCCCAUCUUUUUGAAGGACUUUACCUAGCUAUAACGACAGAUACAAAUCUUAUGAAAUAUGCCGUGAAUAGCGUUAGGGUUUGUGGUGCCGUAGGUGUUGUGGAAUUGAAGGAAGAAAUCGAUGUUGAAUGGUUUCAAAAACAGUUCCUUUCUCGAAAAGUUUACAUUAGACCUUUCAGCAAAUUGUGUUACAUAAUGCCUCCCUAUGUAAUAUCCGAGGGUGAACUCGAGAAGGUUACACGGGCAAUCAGAGAAGUGCUCUUUGUGUAUAUGCGUCAAAAAAUGAAUAGAAAUCACGACUGA